AUCUUUUUUUCUGUAGGUUGUGGCCAUAUGAGGCUCGUAGUGUACGGAGAUGAUGACAGCUAUAAACAAGCACCGCUAACCGGGAGAACGGGCACUAUAGACGGUGAAGCGAGAGAAAGAGGGACAAAGAGAGGAUAAAACAAGAGACUGCAAACAAGUGAGUGUUAUUUAACACGUUUUUAUCUUGUUUUUUUAGCUUUCUUUCAUAAUAGGGUAAUGAAUUAGCUCGCACCUGUGUCGUACAUCCUCAGUGAACCAUCUGUUUGAUAGAAACAACACCGUUAACACCUGUGAAUGAGUGAUUUUCACAGGCUUACAGGGUUAUUAAAGGUUAUAAACUAUUGUUGUAGAGUUAUCUUUUUAAAUUUAUACUCAGCAAACACGUGUUCAUGUAAUUCCACAGUGAGAGUUGUAUAAAAUCAUCCAUGUAGUCUCCACAUUAAGUUGUUUUUGCUUUCUUUUAUACAGAAUUAAAGUAUUUAAUCACACUAAACAAUAAGGACACAUAUUUUACAAUUAUUAAAUACUAAAUUAACUCAUGGAUCAUGAUUAUUUCAGGCAUAUAUCAGUGUAAGGUGUACUGUUCACACCUGUUGCUUGCUGUCAAAUCACUGUGACUUUAUUCAGUCAGUUUACCUUAAAUAUAUCAUCAGUUGUUUGACAUUAGUGAGUAUGGACCACAUGUUUAUUUUAGGAUGAUUUAGCUUCUCAUUCGAGAUAUACAACGUUCUAUUUCUCUUUAUAUAUUCACAAAUUUUAAGAAAUUAAAAAAGGCAAAACACAAGCUAUUUGGUUGUUUUAAUAUUCAGAAGAGAAAAGUGGUAAAGUUGAUUUUAUCACUCAUUUUGGACAGUUUUAUUAAUCAUUCCUACUUUGAAAUAAAGAUAAUAUCUACUUUAUUGAUUAUCCAUUGAGGGAAAUUUACUUGUUGCAUCAACGCUCAGUAGGAGGUACAAGAAGUUGGGUAACAGAUCUGCAAAAAAACAAAUAUAAAAAGUGAAAAACAUGAGUAGAAAAAUAAGUGAAGUAAGAAUAAAAUGAGUGAAUAAAUUAUAUACAUCAGGUUUGAAUAAAUGGGUAUUGAACAGUGAAAUAUCAGAAUAAAAAAAUCUAAAUGAAGAAGUUUUUGAGUAAAAUAAGUGAUUAUUCAUUAAGAAUAUGACUUUCUGUUAUUUAAACAGGGUGGCUUAUCAAAGAAAUGGUCUUAGAGUAAAUUGCUAAUGAACUUAAAGUUUAACCAACUUAUACAUGAGGUUAGUGUAUGUGAGGUCCCCUAACUGAAGAUAAAUGUUAAACAAGCUCACACUGACUUCAUUAUGAGUCGAUGGUAGGCAACAGGAGUUGACGAAACACCCUUCGUGAUUCAGUGUGUGAAACAACUGUGGUUAAGUGUAUAAUAGCACCAAGAACACUUGUGUUUUUAUUAUUGCCUUUUACUGUUUUAUUUUUCAUUUGUAUUUGUUGUUUUAACUGUUGCCUUUCACUGUGUGCACUUUGAGAUCUGUUUUCUCAGAUGUAAAGCGCAAUAUAAAUAAAAUGUAUUAUUAUUAUUAGUAGUAGUAGUAGUAGAACACUGUGCUGUUUUCUGUUUUAGGAGGAAAAACACUUGUACCUAAAUGAAGAGCUACUAAAGAUUUACAGCGUGCAUGUUCAAGUAAAGUCCCUCUAAUCUCUGAUUUCUUAUUUGUCUCUCUUUACCUCUCGAACCAGAUGGUGAGGGGUAAAGCUUUGGCCCACUGCGGGCUGGUUCUGUUGAGUUUAUGGCUGUGUAUCCAGUCAGUGCCGAUCAGCGUGGACAAGGGGGGUGAACAGACUCAGAAGGAGGAGCUGGAUGCCCCACAGAGCGCUGUGAGUCAGAUGGACCGUCAGAUCUGCAGGGUCACCACAUUUAGCUCAGGGUUUUUAUUCAGAGUGAGCCUAAAUGAAAAGGGAAAAUAUUCAGACUCAGGCUGUUUUACAUGGGGAGUAAAUGCCCCGGGGUAAAAGGUACUUAAGUUCACGAGUUAAGUCAGAGUAGAGGUCGCUUUUACAAAGCAUGGGCACAAGGAUACAUGGGUUUAUAUUCUGCUAGAAAACAUUGCUUACACUUUAUAAUCACAUAUGUCACAGAUUUCUUGGUUUGCAGCUUCAAAAUAAUGGAGACACUGAUCAAAUCAACCAAACAGAGAGUACAAACAGUAACUAAUGUCAUUUAAGUUAAAGAUAGAGUGGCAGUACAGUUCUGAAGUUUAAGUACUUUGUAAAAUGAUUUUAAAAGUGUCGUCGUGCAUGAGUGAGAUUGAUGAAGAGCUUGGUUGUAAUUGCUCUGAGUGAAGUUAAAAAUACCCGAGUGAAUAAACCAGUCCUUCAACAACAUGCACGGAUCUGUUCUUCUGUUUAUGUUUCAGGAAACCGGGCUGCACUACGACCGCUACCUCAGAGAAGUCAUCGAGUACCUCGAAAAAGACCCCCACUUUAAAGAAAAGCUCAAAACCGCCAACAUGGAUGACAUCAAGGUGUCUGCUCGCUCACUCUCCACACAUGCCAGUCCUUUGGUAGCUCUUUAUUGACCUGAACAUUUUGUUUUGACCCGUGUUGUUUAUUUUUUCCGGCUUGCAGAGCGGGAAACUUUCCAAAGAGCUGGACUUUGUUCACCACAACUUUCGGUCGAAGCUGGACGAGCUGAAGAGGGAGGAGAUGAACAGGCUGCGGAUGCUCAUUAAAGCCAAACACGACAUGCAGGGGGGGAACGGUAUGUAGCCGGCAUGUUGGACUGAUGUGUCUCUUACAAACUUUCACUUAACAACUUUUGUAACAAACACACAGCAGUUGGGUCAUCACUUAAAAUAGGAUGUGGGUGUAAGACACAGACACAUGAUGAAAUACAGCACCAACCACGAUUAAACACACUCUUUUACAGACUCUGUAAGUUAUAGUGUUGAUUAUUUCUUCAUUGACAGGCUGGAAAGUGGACCACCAAUCCCUGCUGAAACAGUUUGAGCACCUCAACCACAUGAACCCGAACACUUUUGAAGUGGAGGACCUGGACCGCCUCAUCAAAUCGGUACAUUCAGCGACAUAAAAACAUAAAACACUGUGGCCUACGAGAAAGAGAUGCCUUAGAGUGACACGUCUGUCUUUAUCAUAUCAAAUUACAGAGUAAAUAUACUUUAGAGCAGGUAUUCAUAGAGUGAGCGCUCCGUACCUCUGAUACGUCUCAGAUUAACUACCGUUUAUAAUUAUUAGGGAAAUGCAAUACUGACAAAAGAUGCUUUAAAAUAUUCAACAACUCAACUGAAUAAAAGUUAUUGCUAUUGGUUGUAUGGAGCAAGGCAAGUUCAUUUUUAUAGCACACUUCAGCAACAAGGGAAUUCAAAACCAUUAAAAGGGGAUAUUAAGAAUUAUUAUUAAAAAAGGAGAGAGAGUUACUAAAAAGACAAUGAAGAUUCACUAAUCUGUAAUCUUUGAAUCACAAAUUAAAUCAUGUCAAAAAGUGCUUGAAAUCAUUGAAACGAGCCGUUAAAGUUAAAGCGUGUAAAUAUCAAAUAAAACAAAACAAAAUCAGAUGGUUAGAUUAUGAGAGUUUGAAAAUAGAAGCUGAAAAGGUACCAAACACAUUUAUCUGGUUUUAAAAGAACUGAGAGUCUUAGGCUACGUUCACACUGCAGGUUAUGAUGCACAAUUCGGAUUUUUUGUUAAAUCCGAUCUUUUUGUCGGUCGUUCACAUUACAACAAUGAAUGCGUCCGUGAAGUGACCUGCAUGCACAGAAAGCAGGACGUGUUGUUGUGUUGUCGAACAAUGGUGACGUUUGUCCGAUGUUGAUGACGUUUAUGUCGGAUAAACGCGACCUGAGCGUCCACACUGCCGUCGCAUUGGAUACAUAUCUGAUUUAUAUCCACAUACAAAAGAGGCCUGGGUCGGAUUUGAAAAAAUCAGAAUUGACCUGUUCACACUCAUAUAUGUGUCACAUAUGGUUAAAAAAUCAGAAUUGACCUGCAGUGUGAACACAGCCUUAGUAUUUACUUUUAACACACGAGGGUAGGAGUAAAAGUGAGUGAGACACGCACCCACAAAUUAUACAGAUGCAUAUUUUCCUCACUGGAAAAGCAGCGUUUGGUUUUUAUGCUCCUUUUAAUCUCAGAAAUAACCAGAAAAUGUCCAGUGUUUUAAGGACAUUUUAAAUAAAACACUUUCUGCUUUUACUUCAGAGGAAUCCCAGGCGAGUGUUUUUACUUUUAAAGACGUAAAAUUGUCUGAAUCCUAUCAAAGAGCAGAUAAUUUUAUUUCCGUUUAACAAAAACAUAUAAAACAAGUAAAGAACUAAAAAUGAUAACAGCAUUUUCUUUAUUUAAGAUAAAUUUGUGUGAUGUAUUUGCAUGCUGCUUUAACCCACUCACUGUCUUUGUCUGCACAGCUGAGCCUGUCAAAGUAAAGUAAAGCCACACCCAGCUGUAAAAGGGCCUGAGGUAAUAAGAGCGCAGUGGAGGGUAAAAUACACUUAAUGGCUUUCAAACAACCUGGUCCACUAACUCGAUUUCCCCUGAUCCAGAUCUCAGUUUGUGUGUCCGGAGUUCAACCUGCCUAUUUAAAUACACUGACGGACUCUGCUGCUGCCUAUCAGGACCCAGAGUGACUCCACGACUAACUCAGCGCGUAGUAAAUCCAGACGAGACGGUCUCUCUGUUUAUUUUAAGGACACAAACAAACAUCAAACACAGCCAGAGUCAACAGACGAGUCUGCUCAGAGGAAGAAGAGCUGUUUUAGCCUCUAGACAUACUGACUGAAGCACACACAAGCAUGCACACACACACACACACACACACACACGCGCGCGCACACAGUCAGCAGUGUCAGGAGAUCUAUGUGACAUAUUUCUAUGUUAUCUUAGUGCGCGUUUGUUCCUCUCCACCGUCUGUGGUCACUAAGUUCAUGCCCAUAAUAACUGUUAUUAUUGCAGUAAUUUAAAGGAUGGAUGAGUCUGUGCAGAAUUACAGGUGUCAAACAGGGAGCUGUGUGUCUCAGUCUCACCUGUCAGCAGACGUAAUAAUGACCUGGAGGUUCUGCAUGUUUCCAGGAACCUUUCUGAGCAGUUUUUAGGAAGGUCAGUGCAGCGGAGAUAACUCUGAGAGGACGGCGGUGUUUCCUGUGAGCAAGCAAAAACACAAAAGGGGAAGUCAGCUCUUUGGGUUUGCAUGACUCUCUGGUUUCUGCUGAAGUCAAAUGCAUGUAAAUCCUCACGGUGAAGUGUGUCGUUGUUGUGUGGCCGAUGUGAUCAGUCAGAUCAGUAUCAGCCAUGAUGUUUUUAUUCACAAGAGACUGCAGGACCAAACAGAGACACCUUUUAUCAAACUGAUGCGCCUCACACUCUGCGGUCAGAAGUCACACCCACGGCUGAAUGGAGCACAAGAGUCGGGUUAGUGUAGUUUUUUUUAACACAGGAAAGCAAAGAAACUCAAGACCAAACGGUAAACAAAGGGUCAUAAGCUGGAGCACUUAUCCUCCACCUUAACCAAGCAGUUAAAGCAACUUCACCUAAACUUAUAGAAACUAAAGUUCUGCAGGAGGAACAAGAGAGAGAGAGAGAAGGCAGCAAAUGUCCUCCUCCUUUUAUUCACACAUGCAGAGAGACACAGAGAACGAGUCGAACUGAAACACAUAUGAGCCGAAUCUCAACCUCCUCCUUAAACCCUGAAGGACUUCACUGACGUCACCUGGAAAGUAUCUGAGAGUAAAUGAGGUAGAUGGUCUGAUGUUAGUAUUUUGAAGUCGUAAUAAAAAGAGAAGGAGUUUAACGCUUUUAAUUUGCAUAAAUGAUCCUGAAAAGGUUGAUAAAAACUAAAGCAGUUUGUCCCAGAUUUGUCUCUGUGGACCUUUGUGUGACAGCAUGGAGGCACGGUUAGUUUUCGUCGUUUUGCGUCAUGAAUAAAACUCCUCUGAUCGGGAGUAAAUCUGGUUUAAUUUCAGCAUCUUAAAAGAGGUGUGCAGGUUUAUCUGAGCGAUCAGUUACAGUUAUGAGAAAUACUCUCAUAACUUCAUUUUCGUAAAGUGACCCUUCCUUCUUACAAAGACACACACACACGGUGUAAUAUCUGCUUUGAGGCUAACUGUUUCGAUUCUAUUUGUAGGCGACCAAAGACCUGGAGAACUACGACAAGAGCCGACACGACGAGUUCAAGAGGUACGAGAUGAUGAAGGAGCACGAGAGGAGGGAGCGUCUGAAGACGAUGACCGAGGAGGACCGCAAGAAAGAGGAGCAGCACUUUGAGGACAUGAAGAAGAAACACGCCAGCCACCCGAAAGUGAACCACCCUGUAAGACUAAACGACUGAUUAUGAUUGAAAACAUGAGAAAGAAAGAGAGCUGAAACAUGCUGUAUGUGCAGGGCAGUGAAGACCAGCUGAAGGAGGUGUGGCAGGAGGCCGACGGUCUGGACCCUGACGACUUUGAGCCAAAGACCUUCUUCAAAAUGCACGGUGAGUAAUUUUCACUGCUGAAAUGUUGCAGUGGAGUGACAAGUCUGUCCUCAUCCUGUGAUUUCUAUUUCAGACAACAACGGAGACGGCUUCCUGGAUGAGAGCGAGCUCGAGUCUCUCUUCACUAAAGAGGUAUUUAUGUCAGAGUAUUUAUGUAUUUAUGUGGUGGAUAAAUGAAGGAGCGUUGUCAUAACUCGUAUCUGUACGUGUGUUCAAGCUGGAGAAGGUGUACAACCCUGAAAACGAAGAAGACGACAUGUUUGAGAUGGAGGAGGAGAGACUACGGAUGAGAGAGCAUGUUAUGAACGAGGUGAGCGACAGUGAUCACAUGACACAGCCAACACAGUUCAGGAUCUAUCUAACCCAUUCAUAUAUAUAUAUGAAUGCACCUAAGGGGAUUAGUUGCCAUGGUGAUUUAUCCAGGCUCAACAAACCCAAAACUUCAAGCUACACUCGCAGACAGUAACCUGCGCUGAAAGCAGUGAGACACACCGUGAUUACUCUGAGACACACGUCCAUGAUCCAUGUCCUGACCUUCACCACAGCAGCUUCAUGUGUUCAUGUUCAGGUGGACACCAACAAAGACAGACUGGUGUCGCUGGACGAGUUCAUGGCGGCCACGAAGAAAGAGGAGUUCACGGAAAAAGAUGAAUGGGAGGUGAGGAAUGAAUUUAGGUGGAAAAGUUCGAUAGAUGAUGACAGAAGUGGGAGGUUAGUUCUGACAUUUAGAAACCAGUUCACUACAGUGUGACAAAGUCUGAUUCCACCCCGCCUCUUCAGACUUUAGACCAGAACCCCCUGUACACCGAGGAGGAGCUGCGAGAGUUUGAAAAACACUUGGCCAACGAGGAGAAGGACAUCAACGAGAAGGCGGCUGAGCUGCAGAAACAGAAGGAGGAGCUGGAGAGAAAACAGCAAGAACUGAACGCUCAGAGAUUAGGUCUGCAGCAGGUAAUGAAGGUUAUGAAGCAAACAGCCUGAAGAUUCUCUAAGAAUAAACAACAACAGCAGCAGCAGCAGCAGCAGCUCGGACAUGUGCGGGGCAAAGUUUCAAUCAAAUCUUCUUCUCAUCUUCUUUUAGGCAGUCGAGGAAAUGGAAAAGACGAAAGCCCAAAACUUAAGAGCUGAAGUCAAACGUGAGUACUGAAGGGAUGUUUGUCCGAACUUUUACAACUCACUUACCAAACUUUAUAAAAAAGUACAGAGAAAUAGGCGGAUUCAACCUUUAUUCCACCUGUGCACCUAUGGUCAAACACAAUGCAACACUGAGUCAGACCCCCCCUCCAGAGAUGAAUGUUGCUGACCGCUUGCUUCUCUAAUUAUACCAACUUUAGUAACGACCGCAGGAUAGCAAUACGGAGGACGCACGCAACCAAAACGCCACUCUAUAACCAUAAAUAAUGCUCAGAACAGCACCUAACUUCAUCAACAGGACAUAUAGGGUCACAGACAUAGUACUAGACACCAAACAUCUUUUUAACUUUGCCUUAAAGAGACUAAACACAUCUCACCUACUCUCUUCCAGAAGCCGAUCGUUUGUACGGAGACCGCAGGCCAGUCUGUUACAGACUACAGCGGGGUGACGCAGCUCAAGGAAGAACAUUUAUGAUCAUUACUUCAUGGAAAUACAAUCAGACUGAGACGCUAAGGCGGAAGAACUACUGCGUCUGUAGAGCAAAAUGAUUAAUAUGAUGAUUAUUACUUAAAGGAAAUGAUAAAAUAAUGAUCAUAAAUGUUAUUCCUUGAGCUGUGUCACCCCGCUGUAGUCUGUAAUAGACUGGUCUGAGGUCUCCCUACAAACAAGCGGCUGCUGGAAGAGAGUAGGUGCGUUGUGUUUAGUCUCUUUGGUUUUGUUGACAGAGCUUUAAGAGCUUUACAUCUGUGUUUCACUCACGAGUGAUGUGAUUCUGUGUUGCAGCUCCUGUAGCUGAAGGUGAUCGCGCUCCUAGCGUCGGCCAGCCGGUGCAGGAAGUCCCGGUCUCGGCCCACUCUUAGCAGGACCCAUGAGGACUCUGUGUGCUGUGUGAGUGACAGUGAGCCUGCGGUCAUGUGUGCUUGCCUUGUAAUGAUUUGAAAUUUGACUUUUUUUAUUUGUGAAGGGUUUGAAAACACUUCUUUUCUCCAAAAAUGAUUCCCAAACAUCAGAAACACGUCAAAAAUGUGAUUUCAGUCUUUAGGUUCAAUACCAGAGCGUCAUCUGUUAGACCUGAACCGUGGAGCUGGUCCAGAUUUCUUCUGGACAAUCAAGCCUUUUGUUUCUUUUGGUUCUGAUCUUUUAACUAAACAUGGACUUUGUUCUGUGUGGGCGGUACUCUGAGGUAAAACAGGGAGGGGCUUUUGGUCAAGUUUGGUUGAGUCGACACACUGUAGUUCACUGCCACUGUCCUCUAAAACCAGGUGAAAAUGAACGUCAGGAGUCUUUCUGUGAAGUUUGUUUCAUGCUUCAUGAAUGAAAUGUUAGGAUGCAUAACUGAACCAUGUUCACUUUUUACAUCUAUUUAUAUUUUCAGGUUUAGAGCUCAUUAAAGGUGGGGUAGGCGGGAUCUGAGGAGGUGCUAGUUUUUUCGGUUUAGCGGCGCUACAACACGCUACAGCAGGUCCCGUUUGACAAGAAACACUUCUGUUACAGACACUUGUCUUACUUUGUUAAAGCGGUUUACCUGUCCAGCAGAAAGGUUACAGGGUCACCAAGAUCCCCAAGCGUCCCCCAUCGUUUAUGUUGACCCGGCUUUUUAGCUCUUGUCCGGUCUACCUCCGUUUUAAGCGCCCGUUAUUCCUCCAGAGUCUCCGGUAUUUACUUUGUUUUCUUGCUUGUGUCGGCAGUCGUGGCCAAAGGAGGAUUCAGACAAUUUUCUGAACUUUCUGGUUGGUUUCUAUUGUCCGAUAUUGUAGCACGCUUACUUUGUUUGGGCUCCUGAACGACACGGGGGAGCAGCGUCUGCCUCACAACCAAUCAGGUUAGAGGAGGUGGAGAACGGCUUUGUUUACAGUCAGAAAGAGCGGACCGCUCAAAAAUGUUUAAAUGUUGACUACACAGACAUAAGAGAACACAGAGAUAUCGAUAUAUUACCAAAUGUCAUCAAUAACUAAUAACUAUUGACUGAUAUUAGAAGAUUUUUUGUAAAUACACCACAAAAAAAGAUGCUCCUUUAACAGAUUCCUGCCUAACCCCACCUUUAACAAUCAAUGUUUCAAAAUGUAGAAGUUUAUAUAAAGUCUCCAGGCUGCAACUGUUACUCACAAUCCUCUAACUUCAGUUUCAUUCUGGUGUUGAGUUUCUCUAUUUUUAAUACAAAGUUACACCUGCAAAUGAAGUUUCAUCACUCAGUUCUUUGUGGUGAUUAAAGAGAAUUUUCCUUCACAGAUGAAGUGACAUACAUGUAUGAAUUUACAGUAUACAGUUUAUUAUAUAUUUAAAUGUUUAAUUUAAUGUGAUUGUAUCUGUGUUAGCGCAACAGUCGUGUUGAUAAAGAAGUGUUGCUGUGUGUGUGUGUGUAUGUGUGUGUGUGUGUUUUUCAUGAUGCUUUGACUUUAUUUAUUCUGCAGUCCAUGAGGCGGGUUUUAGCUCUGGUCAAGUGUGCACAUGUUACAGGUUAAUAAUCAAAGAUUGUUGGUCAUAUGAAGAAUAAAAACAGUUUAUAGGAUUUGGUUUUUAUACCCCUUUCAACAAGCAGCUAAAUUUGUGUACCAGCUGAUUUCCUGAAUUCAUGAAACUCUUGAAUAAGGUUUGAAUGUGGAUAAUAAAGUGAAUGAACUUGCAGGUUUGAGUCUUUUUUUAUUGUUAUUACACAUUGAGACAGGUGUUUGUGUAAACGGCACAAUCUCUAAAAUUCAGUUAAAAAAAAUAGGUAAUGUCACAACUCCAAAUAAUUAAUUAAAUAAAAAAGCGCUCGUUUGGAAUUUAGUGAUGCAGAUUUAGCUCCACAAUAAAAUAGUGCUUAAUGAAGUUCAUUUUAAACAGUUAGCGACAGGAUGAGGCACAAAAAAGGCCGAGAGGCUGAGUCUAAGACGACGGGAGGAGGUUCACAACUCUGUGAGGGAACGCGUGAGCAAGUAAUUCAACAAUCUCAGAAUGAUGCUUCACAAAUCUACGGAAGUGUAUUGCAUUCACUUAUUAAAAAAUGGAGACUGAUCUUUUUUUUUUUUAGAAUUUUUUUUGAUCUUCCUGUUUUUCUGACUUUUUUUUCCUUCUGUUUUUUUGGACUAAUAUUUUUUGUCUUUCUGUUUUUCAGAUUUUUUCUCCUAUUUAUUGUACUAUUGUUUUCCUCUUUCUGUUUUUUUGGACAAUUUUUUUCAUCUUUCUGUUUUUGACUUUUUUUUUCUUUUUUUUUUUCUACUAAUACUUUUUUCAGUUUUUCUUACUAUUUUUUUGUUUUGUUUUAUUUUUCAGACAAAUCGUUUUUCCUUUUCUCCGGGAUCCUGAUCAUUUAAAAACAGACACUUUCAUCCCCGUCUGCUCGAUUUAUUGGAAGCAAACAUGGCCCACUUGUUUUUCUCCUUAAUGAGAUACUUCAAAAUCCUGUGAGAAUCAUAUACAAUCAGAUAAUGGUAACCACCGCGGAUGCACCAAAUCAGCGGAUUCUCCAGCUCCUAGAUAACUUCAACUAUAUGGUCAAUGAGAGUAAAGCAUGUUAUUAGUUAAACAUAGGGUAUGAAAAUCCUGAGGUGUCUGUGCAAAGUCGUGUUAUGACGAUUCCAUCCAUCUGACUUAAAGAGAGGAGGAUCUCCCAGUGUCUCAAACCCAAAAAAAGUAAAACUUGAUGAAACUAAACAAGUGGGGCAUGUUUGCUUCCAAUAAAUGGAGCAGACGGGGAUGAAAGCUUCGGUUUUUAAAUGGUCAUGAUCCCAGAGAAAAGAAAAAACAGUCUGAUUUUUUUUUUUAUUAUUAAAUAGUCUGAAAAACAAACUUUCUACAUUUUUUGGUGAAUGCAAUAGGCUUCCGUACAAAUCUACAGCAUGAUGUUUUUAAAUGAUGGGCGAUCAGGAGAGUUGAUCUUUCAACCCUCAGCCAGCACUGAAUUUAACAGACAUGACUCUGAAGUGGAAAUCCCUGCAUGGGUUCAAAGUCACUUCCACAAACCACCGUAUGUGAACACAGUUAAAACUGAACCAUACAUGCAGGAAACCUCAUAUUAACACAACUCAGACAUGCUGAGAAGGCUCGAGUCCAUUCAGGGAUUGAGGUCUAAUGAAAAACUGUCCUGGGGUCUGAUGAGGAUCAUCCACUCAUGAGAGGAAGGGGCUACCAGGCUUGUUAGCAGCACACAUUUUAACAGCCAGAAUCCUCGGUAGCACAGGGACGCAUCAGUACCCAUGGUAAGGGUAUCUGUCAUUAAUGCUGAACAAUUAACAGGUUUUUGUAGCUGCAUACGCCGCCAAUCGACUUUUUAAGCAAUUUGAAUCUGACC